AUAGCAGCAACAAUAUGGCGACAGCCGCAGUUACUCCCGACUCUUUCCUACAUCUGCAGUCCACUGACAGCUGUCCGGGCCGCUGUUGAUGCGAGAAAAAAGCUGCAUGUCUGGGAUGGAAAACAAAUAAAAGAGGAAAUAGCUGCAGGAUGAAAACAUGGCCGCACCCCUUAUGGCACCCCCAGGACCUGACAGCUUCAAGAAAUUCACCCCAGAGUCGCUUGCGAACAUCGAGAAGCGCAUCAAUGAAGAGAAGAACAAGAAGCCGCCCAAGCCCCGAUCAGACAGUAGUCACCGUGACACAUCUGACGAAAAUGAGCCCAAGCCAAACAGUGACCUGGAGGCUGGGAAGAGCGUGCCGUUCAUCUACGGUGACGUUCCUAGUGGAAUGUUUUCCACGCCGCUGGAGGAUUUGGACCCCUACUACUUGAACAAGAAAACAUUUAUAGUCAUAAACAAAGGGAAAACAAUCUUCCGCUUCAGUGCCACGCCCUCUGUGUACAUCUUAAGCCCUUUUAAUCUACUUAGGCGAAUAGCUAUUAUGAUUUUGAUACAUUCGUUAUUCAGCAUGAUCAUCAUGUGUACGAUUUUGACCAACUGUAUAUUCAUGACAUUUAGUGAUCCUCCGGAGUGGUCUAAACAAGUAGAGUAUACCUUCACAGGUAUCUAUACGUUUGAGUCACUCACAAAAAUUGUGGCGCGAGGCUUCUGUAUAGAUGGGUUCACCUUCCUCAGGGACCCAUGGAACUGGCUGGAUUUCAUGGUCAUCUCAAUGGCAUAUGUAACAGAGUUUGUGGACCUUGGGAAUGUCUCGGCGCUGAGAACGUUCAGGGUUCUCCGAGCAUUGAAAACAAUUUCUGUCAUUCCAGGCUUGAAGACCAUUGUGGGCGCUCUUGUCCAGUCUGUGAAGAAGUUGUCGGACGUGAUGAUCCUGACAGUAUUCUGUCUCGGCGUGUUCGCGUUGAUUGGAUUGCAGCUGUUCAUGGGUAACCUGCGAAACAAAUGUGUAAACUGGCCAAUCAACAUGACCGAGCAGUACCUGCCAAAUGGCAGCAGGGGCUUUGACUGGGGCACGUACGUCAUGGAUAAAAAAAAUUUCUACUUCCUCCACGGUCAGAUCGAUGCUCUAAUAUGUGGAAAUAGUUCUGACUCAGGAAAUUGCCCAGAGGGAUUUACAUGUAUGAAAGCCGGAGUGAACCCCAACUACGGCUACACCAGCUUUGACAGCUUUGGAUGGGCUUUCCUCACCCUUUUUCGACUCAUGACCCAGGACUUCUGGGAAAAUCUCUACAUGCUGACUCUGCGAGCCGCAGGGAAGACCUACAUGAUCUUCUUUGUGCUUGUCAUCUUCGUGGGCUCCUUCUACCUGGUGAAUCUCAUCUUGGCUGUGGUGGCCAUGGCUUAUGAGGAGCAGAACCAGGCCACGAUUGAGGAGGCGGAGCAAAAAGAGGCCGAAUUCAAGGCCAUGCUUGAGCAGCUGAAGAGGCAGCAGGAGGAAACACAGGCGGCUGCCAUGGCGACAUCUGCAGGCACUGUGUCCGAGGCUGCGCUAGAGGAUGAAGGAGGGGGGCACUUGUCCCGCAGCUCCUCUGAGGUUUCCAAGCUGAGCUCCAAGAGCGCCAAGGAACGUCGCAAUCGCAAAAAGAAAUGGCGUCAGAAAGAGCAAGAGAAAGAGAAGGGAGACAGUGAAAAGGUUGUUAAGUCUGAGUCCGAUGAUGGGAGCAAGAAAAGCAGCAUUCGUUUCCCUGGAAGCCGGCUGGGGAGAAAGACAUCCAUCAUGAACCAGUCACUACUGAGCAUCCCAGGCUCGCCCUUCAUGUCACGCCACAACAGCCGCAGCAGCAUCUUCAGCUUCAAAGGCCGUUCCAAGGACAUGGGCUCAGAGAACGAGUUUGCGGAUGAUGAGCAUAGUACAGUUGAGGAGAGCGAAGACCGUCGGGGCUCCCUAUUUAUCCCUUACCGCCGCAACAGCUAUAGUGGUUUCAGUCAAGGCUCAUCGCGCAUCCACCCACUGGCACCCCACACUGGAGGGAAGAGGAACAGCACAGUGGACUGCAAUGGCGUGGUGUCUCUCAUAGGACCUGGGCCCGGAAGACGGCUUCUGCCUGAGACUACAGACGUGGAGAUUAAGAAGAAGCAGUCUGGCUCUCUCAUGGUCUCUGUGGAUCAGCUCAACUGCUCGUUCAAAGGAAAGGACCGGGCCAACAGUCAGAUGAGUGUGGUCACCAACACACUAUUAGAGGAGUUGGAGGAAUCUCAGAGGAAGUGUCCUCCCUGUUGGUACAAGUUCGCCAACACCUUCCUCAUCUGGGAGUGCUUUCCCAUGUGGCUGAAGAUCAAGCACAUCACCUACUUGAUUGUCAUGGACCCAUUUGUGGACCUGGCCAUCACCAUCUGCAUUGUCCUCAAUACCCUCUUUAUGGCCAUGGAGCACUACCCCAUGACUGAACAGUUUGAGGGGGUUCUGUCUGUUGGUAACCUGGUUUUCACAGGCAUCUUUGCUGCCGAGAUGUUUGCCAAACUGAUUGCCAUGGAUCCUUACUACUACUUUCAAGAAGGCUGGAACUGCUUUGAUGGCUUCAUCGUGACCCUGAGUUUAGUGGAGCUGGGACUGGCGGAUGUGGAAGGUCUGUCAGUGCUCAGGUCCUUCCGAUUGUUACGAGUGUUCAAAUUGGCCAAAUCGUGGCCCACCCUCAACAUGCUGAUCAAGAUCAUCGGUAACUCUGUGGGUGCUCUGGGUAAUCUGACCCUGGUGCUGGCCAUCAUCGUCUUCAUCUUUGCCGUGGUGGGCAUGCAGCUCUUUGGCAAAAGUUACAAGGACUGUGUGUGUAAGAUCGCGGAGGACUGUAAGCUGCCUCGCUGGCACAUGCAUGACUUCUUCCACUCCUUCCUGAUUGUGUUCAGAGUGUUGUGUGGGGAGUGGAUUGAGACCAUGUGGGACUGUAUGGAGGUGGCAGGACAGACCAUGUGUCUCACUGUCUUCAUGAUGGUCAUGGUCAUCGGAAACCUGGUGGUACUGAACCUGUUCCUGGCCUUGCUGCUGAGUUCAUUCAGUGCCGACAACCUCGCCGCUACGGAUGAUGACGGGGAGCCCAACAACCUCCAGCUCGCAGUCGCCCGCAUUAAGAUAGGGAUUGCCUGGUUCAAGGUCAACAUGCGUGUCUUUGUGGCCACAGUGCUUAAGAAGCCCAUAGAGGAUGAACAGAAGCCUCUGGAUGACAUGUAUGAAAAGAAGCUCAACUGCAUCGCAAACCACACUGUGGACAUCAACCGUGAACUGGACUAUGCCAAAAACGGCAAUGGCACCACCAGCGGCAUUGGAAGCAGCGUGGGGAAGUAUAUGAUUGAUGAGGACUACAUGUCCUUCAUCCACAACCCCAACCUUACUGUUUGUGUUCCCAUCGCGGUCGGGGAGUCGGACUUUGAAAAUCUGAACACAGAAGACUUCAGCAGUGAAUCAGACGUGGAGAACAGCAAAGAUGAUGACACCAGUUCGUCGGAGGGCAGCACAAUAGACAUCAAGCCUGACGUGGAGGAGGUGGCGGUCGUGGAGGUGGUGGAGGAGUACCUUGACCCAGAUGCCUGCUGGACAGAUGAAUGUGUGGCCAAAUACAAGUGCUGUGAUGUCCCCAUCACUUUCGGCUGGGGGAAACACUGGUGGUUCCUGAGAAAGACCUGCUACCUGAUCGUAGAACACAACUGGUUUGAAACCCUCAUCAUCUUCAUGAUCCUGCUCAGCAGCGGCGCAUUGGCCUUCGAGGAUGUGUACAUCGAGCAGAGGAAGACGGUCAAAAUCAUUCUGGAGUACGCUGAUCGUGUUUUCACCUACAUCUUCAUUCUGGAGAUGUUGCUCAAAUGGGUGGCCUACGGCUUCGUCAAGUACUUCACUAAUGCCUGGUGUUGGUUGGACUUCUUCAUUGUGGAUGUGUCUAUAGUCAGCCUUAUAGCUAAUGCGUUGGGCUACUCCGAUCUAGGCCCGAUUAAAUCACUAAGGACACUGAGGGCCUUGAGACCCCUCAGGGCCCUGUCACGUUUUGAAGGGAUGAGGGUGGUGGUGAACGCCCUGGUGGGUGCGAUCCCCUCCAUCAUGAACGUGCUGCUGGUCUGUCUCAUCUUCUGGCUCAUCUUUAGCAUCAUGGGCGUCAACCUGUUCGCUGGGAAGUAUUACUACUGUUUCAAUGACACAGAGGAGGCGUACUUCCACCCCAAUGAAGUUAACAACAAAUCAGAGUGCUUUGCCCUUAUUGAAGCAAACUUCACGGAAGUCAGAUGGAAAAACGUCAAGAUCAAUUUUGACAAUGUGGGUGCUGGAUACCUGGCGCUCCUGCAAGUGGCAACAUUCAAAGGCUGGAUGGACAUUAUGUACGCAGCAAUAGAUUCUAGAAAGGUGGGGCAACAGCCCCUCUACGAGGACAACUUAUACAUGUACAUCUACUUUGUCAUCUUCAUCAUCUUCGGCUCCUUCUUCACACUGAACCUCUUCAUCGGUGUCAUCAUCGACAACUUCAACCAGCAGAAGAAAAAGUUUGGAGGUCAGGAUAUCUUCAUGACAGAAGAGCAGAAGAAAUACUACAAUGCCAUGAAGAAACUAGGGUCAAAGAAACCACAAAAACCGAUACCCAGGCCUCAGAACAAAAUCCAGGGCAUGGUGUUCGACUUUGUGACGCAGCAGGUGUUUGACAUCUCCAUCAUGAUGCUCAUCUGCCUCAACAUGGUCACCAUGAUGGUGGAAACGGACGAUCAAUCCGAUGAGACUGAGCUUGUGCUCUACUGGGUCAACUUCAUCUUCAUUGUGGUCUUCACAAUCGAGUUUGUACUCAAGCUCUUUGCACUGCGUCACUACUACUUCACCAAUGGCUGGAACAUCUUUGACGUGGUUGUGGUCAUCCUUUCCAUUGUGGGAAUGUUUCUGGCUGACAUUAUCGAGAAGUACUUUGUGUCGCCGACACUGUUCAGGGUGAUUCGUCUGGCUCGUAUUGGCAGAAUCCUGCGUCUCAUCAAGGGCGCCAAGGGAAUCAGAACUCUUCUGUUUGCCCUCAUGAUGUCGCUCCCUGCUUUGUUCAACAUCGGCCUGCUACUUUUCCUGGUUAUGUUUAUCUUCUCCAUAUUCGGCAUGUCCAACUUUGGCUAUGUGAGGCACGGGGCUGGAAUCGAUGACAUGUACAACUUCGAGACUUUCGGAAACAGCAUGAUCAUCCUGUUUAUGAUCACCACGUCAGCUGGCUGGGAUGGCCUGCUGCUGCCCAUUCUGAACUACCCUCCCGACUGUAACCCGAAAUUAGAGAAUCCUGGCACGCCCGCUACAGGAGACUGCGGGAACCCAUCUGUGGGCAUCUUCUUCUUUGUUAUGUACAUAAUCAUUUCUUUCCUAAUUGUGGUCAACAUGUACAUCGCCAUCAUCCUGGAGAACUUCAGUGUAGCCACAGAGGAGAGUGCGGACCCGCUCAGUGAGGACGACUUUGAGACCUUUUAUGAGAUUUGGGAGAAGUUCGAUCCCGAUGCCUCUCAGUUCAUCACCUAUUCCAAGCUUUCUGACUUUGCCGAUGCACUUGAACAUCCGUUGCGAAUCCCCAACCCUAACACCAUUGAACUGAUCGCCAUGGAUAUGCCAAUGGUGAGCGGCGACCGCAUCCACUGCCUGGACAUCCUGUUCGCCUUCACCAAGCGCGUGCUGGGUGACAGUGGCGAGCUGGACAUGUUACGACAGCAAAUGGAGGAGCGUUUUGUGGCGGCCAAUCCCUCCAAGGUCUCUUACGAGCCCAUCACCACCACUCUGAGGCGCAAGCAGGAGGACAUGUCCGCCAGAAUCAUUCAAAGGGCCUACCGCUCCUACCUGGCCAGGCGGGGCUUUAUCUGCAAGCGUAGACCAGCCAACAACAAAGUAGAGAAUGGCGGAAAGAAUGAAGAACAGGAAAAAAAGGAGAGCACACCUUCCACUGCCUCCCUACCCUCUUAUGAUAGUGUAACCAAACCUGAUAAGGAAAAACAGGAUGACGACAACAACGAGGGCAAGGGGGGUAGGAAAGAGAAGGGAAGAAACCAAAAAGACAUCAGGGAAUCUAAAUGUUAAGAGUAUCGGAUUAAUAAUCACAGUAAUGACAAUACAAAUUAUAAUGAUUUAACUUCAAGCAGAGGAAACUCACCUACACAGAUGUACAGAUUAUUUCAUUUGCAAGUCAGAAAAAAAAAAAAUAUUCAGUAAUUUUGUUUACAGACUUCAUUCUUAUAUCGAUGCAGAGGGAAGCCGCUUGGUCAGUUCCAGCUUGAAGACUCUUGAACUUCAGUCAAAACCAAACAUAAUCAGCAUACUGUGUGACAUUGUUGUAUCUACACUACUGAUCUUAACAAAAAGGGAAUGGAAAAACAGACACGGAACACGUGUGUUGCUCACUUACCACAGGUCUACAGAUAAGACUAAGAACUCUACGCCAGGAGGUAUAGAGCAGGAUGGAGGAAAAAAACACUAAAGGAGUCCGACGCCUGGAUGCAAGUCAUGGAUUCCUCUGGAAGACGGUGUCAUAAAGGAAAAAACAAGGAGGCCGCUCGAUUCCGAAGGAUUGUUCUCUUAAAGCAGCCGACGAGUGGUUCUGUGUCAUUAAGAAUGAAUUGAAUUGUAAUAGAUGAGGAAAUGACACUCUCUCUCUUUAAGAGCAAACAGAGGGAUGACUGGUGAGUGAAAGACACAAAUGACGGAGAGCGUUUGGACGUACUUUUUUUCUUUUAUCAAAGCUAGAUAUUGUUAAUUUGAGCAACAAAAAUGCAAACAAGAUAUAAAAAAAGAACAAUAUUCAACAUUUUGCCCAUGUCACUUAACUCUUCUACUCAUUUUAUCUUUGUUAUACCCACAUAAAAAAAAAAAAAAAAAAAAAAAAUACUUUUUUUUUUACAUGGGCUUUCACACCAAUUGGUUAAGGGGUCUGUUUAUUAUGGGGUCAACUCGGGCCAAGGGCUUACAUUUACUCCGAAAGAUUUCCAAACAAAUACAUUAAUAAUUGUGCUUGUUCAAUGCAUAGAAAUGACUUGCAUGAUGGCAUGUUUUGAUCAGAAAUCUUGCAUGAAUUAUCAUAGUCCACAAGACACUAAUACUCAGACCACAGCGGUGGCUCGACUGUACGAUCGAGGCAUUGUCAAAAUUUGAAAGUUCAGAGAUACGAGUAAUUUGUUUAACAAAGAUAUAAGUGAUAUGGGGGUUGAUAUAAUCUAAAAAAGGUUCCGAUGACUUAUCUCAUUACGCAACACAUUUCAGAUGACUAUGUUUGAACCGUUGCCUCUAUAGACAGAAGAAUGGUUUUACAACACCACCAUGGUGGAUCGAUGGGUGAAAUCCAAACAAUUAUUUGCUGCUCUGGAGAUUUUGAGUGUGUACGAUGUAGAAGUGGAUGUCUGCGUGUUACCAUGGGAUUUGAAAAUGUUCCGUCAUUUGGACUGAAAUGUUUUCAAGGGCACAACACUUUGCAAUUUAAAGCUUAUAUUUAUCAUUUGUACGCACCUAUGUAAUGUUCCAUACCAUCUGCCUUUAGUUGUGCGUGAGCGGGCAUUUUUUGGGGGUCCUACUGUUGGUUAGAAGUGGUUUUGGGGUAAUUUCACAGGUUUGGCAAACUCCUUCAUAUUUCUGAGUUUUCUCUAUGGUUGAGAAGAGUUCUGAUUAUUGCUCAGUUUACACCAUUUGAUCCCAUGUUUUUAAAUGUGUGUUCAUUUAUUUAUUUUCCCCGAUGUAAAUUUCAUGUUUUGGUAAACUUAUAUUUUACAGUUUUCUACACCACAUGUUGAUAUGAUGCCGAGGGAAGAGGUCUCGGGCUGGAACACGUUCGUCGGGUGUUAGCUAUGUCCUAUUUAAACCAGAAGCAGAAAAUGAUGAACGGGUGAUGAUAACAUUGUGUGUGGAGAAGCCAAAGAGAUCUGCCUUGUUAUCCCUUGUUGCCCUUUUGUCAAUGGAGUGGGAUUGGGUGAAGUGUGCCCUGCCCAUUCUGUUUUUUUUCCCGCUGUCAUUACUAGACAGAGAGACCCUAGAAAUGUAUGCAAUGCUUGAAAAAAAUCAUCUGUUUUCUCAGGAGAUAAUAUAGAUGUACUAUUGUGAGCUCUGCAAACAAAAUGCAAGUGAAUGUGAUGGGAGUAUUAAUGAAAUUAUGUUUUACUCUUUUUCUGUUUCAUGCCAUGUCGAUGGACAAUGAUCUGGGCGGGGCCGCCUAGUCGCGGCAACCGCCCGGUCAGGGGCCACGUUAGCGCUUCCUGCUUAUGAUGCCUAGAAUUAUAGGGCUAGAUGCAUCUCAGUGAAACAGCAACAUUUUGCUCGCUUGUAAUGACGGAUUUAUAUUGUUAGUGGAUUACAUUUGUUGUCAGGAAUAAAAUGUAGUCUGGUCUCAAUUAACGUCAGUAAGCAAAAUAAAAAUAAUACAAUUGUUCACCCCGAUAGCAAUCACAGAAACAGGAACCACUGUGAGGAGAGUGUCAUGGGAGGGAAUUUGGAUAUGUUGGUUUGAGCGAAACACAGAAGUGGUGACCCUCAGCGGAUCGGCCCCAUGUUUCAUUCGCCACUUUUCUCCACAUCGCUCUACUGCAUAACAAAUACCAAAUACCCAUCAGGGCACUGGAUGCUCUCUUAUGGUAGUGUGAGCUUAAGCACCAAACCAGAGCUUUUGCACUUCCUGUUGUGCAGUGAUGUCACUUCCUGUUUAUGAAUAACCUCCGUCAUCCGUUUCUCGAGUCCUAUACACGGUCCAGCUGCUGCAUGAGAUCUCCAAAAUCAGUGUGGUUGUUAACUUGAACCAAAUAAAACUCUGAAUGAUAAAAGCAUAAAAGCUACUGCCGUCCAUUUUCUCCGAGAUCACCAUGGAUACCCAGAAUGACGCCUAAAAAAAGUAGACACACAUUCAUACAUUUGGGGGGGAAAUAAAAUAAGUACACUUGUUGUAUACGGCACAAACUGCAAAAGCUAAGAAUGGACUUUUUAAGAAACUAUAAAUAAUGUAAUAUAUUAUUUUUUUUCAACGGCAUGUGUAGUUUUUGUAAAUACAGGAUUACUUAAAAACUACAGCUAUUAAUCUAUCACUAAAUAUUAAUACCUAUAAAUAGAAUGGCUUCCAGCUGACGCCCCUUGUCACACUUGUUAGGCUGUGACACAUUUGUUAGAUGGAGUAGAUUUUUCCUUUAUUUUGAGUCACCUGUCAUGAAAAAAGAGGGGAGAAAGCUAAAAGAAUCUAUGUUUAAAAAGCAGAAAUUGUAUUUAAAAGUGUAUAAAUUAAUACGUAUGAAUAUGGAGCGAUAUCACAUAUAUAUUAUAUAUAUUGUUUCAUAUAUAUAUAGUAUAUAUACAUUAGAGCAAUGUCUAUAACGCAACUCUCCUGUCCACUCCUUGCAUUGAGGUGAAACCCGAACCACCGAGUUUGAACUGAUCAUGCUUUUUGUUUCUUCGUGUGGUAUGUUCAGAGAAUAACCAAAUCUCUGGCCUGCCCAGGAUUUCCUGCGUACACCGGGUACCAGCGUACAAUGCAUGGUGUUGUACCGGCUGCUUUUGAGAAUUUUGGAGCCUGCUUUUGGAGAGAGGAUUGCACUACCAGCAUACCCUUUUGUACAUGUGUGACAAUGUCUUGCCCCCUAGUUUCCUAUAUUGUACACAAAGAUAUACAGAUGCAGACACACACAUACACACACAUGGCAUUUUGCAGGCAUCGGCUGGUCACCCAGCCUGCCCCAGUACGAGCCACAGCUCCACUUUUGUGUGACAAAUGUUUGCUCGUUUCCGCUCUAACCCUGCGCUCCAUCUUUCCACUUAACACACUGCUGCAGUCUGGAGUUGAUCUUUACUUUGUCGCUGUCACUUUCAGUAAGGGUUAGGUGUAUUAACUGUCUGUGUGUUUGUUUAUGGUGCAAUAUCUCUUAACGGCACGUGCCUUUUUAGCUUCCUAUAUUAGUCUGUCGAUAAAAUCAGCUACGAGGAUCUCGAAAACCCACGGGAGUGAGUCGAAGAAAAACGGGAGCACGAUAGAAACGAUGUAUUGGGUUCAAAAAUUAACUUGUAAACCGAAAACUCACCACGUAGAUUAGUCUGGACUAACAUCUUGUAGAGUCAUGUAGUACAAGUGCUCUCUCUCUGUGUGUGCGCGUUCUGUUUUUCCAAACGUUGGUUUUAAUAAUCGGUAUAUGAGGCCAUUCUUUUGUAGCAUGACUGAGAUCAAUUUCUUUUCUUUGCUGAAAAUAGGCAAACUGAGAAAUAAUAAAGAAAUUCAAAAAAAACAAAACAACACCAUAUGACUGUCAUUAUCUCCUGCCACAGUCAGAGAGAGAACGUAUGUGCACAACCACAUGGGACAAUGAAAUGAGAAUCAGUGAAAGAAUGUCUUCAUUUGAGCACGAAUCUAUUUCCAAACAAUAAAGCAGCCUUCCAGUUACACCUCUGACUGGUGUCGUUUUUAUGUAUAGAAUGAAAGACUGGAAUUUCACAAUGGAUGGUUUAGAUGUUGUUGGUCACCCUUAUGUAUUGUGACGGACAUGAGUAAACGAUCCUCAGUGAUAGGGUUCACUUUGAUGCUCUGAAGAAGGAGAUUCAGUUUGUGUUUUAAGCUAAUCAUCAUUACCAGAGAGCGUACACAUCCACCAAGGACCAACAGUCCCCUUAUGAAACCAAGUUUAAAUUCACUAGAUGCUGAUUUUUAUUUGGAUCUGCACCAAAUUUCACACAGAUAGAUGUCAGUCCCCUAAACAUGUUAGAUUUGUCUCAUCAAAAUCAAUUAUUAAUCUCAGAAAUCUAUGAAAAUGUUGAAUAACACACCCUCUAAUCAGGAUCCGCACCCAAAUGUAAUGGGUUCUCCUGAUCCAUAUCCUUCACCCUGGUUACAUGUUAAUCCAUUAAACACUUUUUGUGUUAUCACGCUAACUAACAGACGGACGGACAAACACUUCACCUCCUUUGCGGGGGUAGAAAUUGCAUAAGUCACAACCAUAGAAGAAGAGAACAUGUUUGAAGCCCACAGAGGACAGGGAGGAACAGAAAGACCGAGUCUGUCUGAAAUCUGUCUGCUCAGUCUUGCAAACAACAACACAGUAGCCUACACUGUUAUUUGUUAUUUGUACAUUACAUCACACGCUACACUGGUUUGACAAUACUUGAAUUACUGAGUUAACGUGGUUGGGUGUGUUAUGGUGCAAACAGCACUGAGAGGACUAUAAACGUGUGUCUCUCUGUGUGUGUGUGUGUGUGUGUCUGUGUGUGUAGAGAGAGUAAGGUGGCGCUCUGAAAGAGGGA